CAGGAGCCUUGUCAAGUUCGUUGGCGUUCGAAAAUCGUUCUUUUGCUGGCACAUAGUUUAUAAAUGGCUGAACAAAAUCGCUCAUCGGAAGAAUUUCCUGAACUCACCGGUUCCGAUCUCAGUGCUAAUGCAUGUACCAUUGUCGCAGCCUUGGCAGCCGAGGAAGCGAUUCUUCCUUCACCGAUAGAUUUAAACAUCAACAGCACUGAACAGCUUGAGUUGCCUCCCCUGGAAUGGUCAAACUACGAGUUAGUGCCAACAAAGAUCAAACUGACCAACACCGGCGAUACGGUAAUUCUGACCGCCAAAUAUGCGGACGGUGAACACCCAGUGCUGAAAGGUGGUUCCCUGGACGGUAGAUACGUAUUCGCACAAAUACAUUUUCACUGGGGAAACACGGCCGCGGAAGGCAGUUUUCAUACCAUCGAUGGAGUCCCGCUUCCGCUGGAAAUGCACGUGAUUCACUUCAAUGACCGUUACGAAACUAUGGAUGAAGCUUUGAAACAAGUUGGUGGAGUGCUUUGUCUGGUGUAUUUCUUCAACCUAAAAUCAUCCCCGAAUGCGUUCAUCGAGCCUAUAAUUGCUAAUCUGAAGGAAAUCGUUUUUCCGGACGUGGUAAUCAAACUGACACCCUUUCCGAUUGUGAAUUUAAUUCACAUUUUUACCAGCGACUAUUUUCUGUACUGGGGCUCGACAAAGUCGGAAUCAAGAAGCCAUCCGAUGUUGUGGAUAAUCUCACGUACCCAGGAAUGCAUUGAUUUCCAUCAACUGACUCAGUUUCGAGUUCUGUUGGACAGGAGAAUGCGAACCAUCACCAGAGAGCAAACCCCGAUUGCUGAACGAGAGAACAGGCACGUGUUUCACGUUAACCCUGUGACGCCGUGCUGCAACUGGACGCUUUCCCCGUUGCCUCAUCCAAAGUACCGAACGGACCGUUGGUUGGUAGACCGAAUGGAGAUCGAUUUCGGGACUCCCGGCAUGUGUCAGAAAUUCGUCGAAGUUUUGAGGCAGGAACUGCAGAACAAAAAAGCACAAUUUGAGUCCGGCGAUGAAAAUUGAUUCAAUUCAAUUUACUAAUAAAUCAUGUUUGUCUUAUUGAAA